AUGACUGGUCGUAGCGAGGCCUCUAGGAGUGACGACCAGGGCGAGUAUGGAGAGGAAUGGGCACGGGAUUUGCGAGUCCAAUUCGAGCAGCUGAUGCGGACGAAGCGGUUAACCGAGAUCGAACAGUCGCGACUGCCACGGCAGCGCCUCGCCUCCCCCGACUUUCGAGAACAACAACCGCCUUCGUCUAGCUUGCAAGCACACCCAGCGGCGCCUUUGGGCAGUCCUUCUCCCUCGUCUAAUCGUGAUCCAAGCCCAAACCCGGCCACGCCCACGCUACCGCCGUCGUAUUCUUCGCUACGCAAUCUCCCUAAGAUCCCGACCCCCCCGGGUCCGCAUGACCGGGACUCGCAGAUGUUCCGCAACUUGCUCGUGUCCCUAUCGUUGACUCCCACCAAGUACGAGAACCCCGGGCUGCUUGACGAGGCCCUUCAGGUGAUCCCGCUUGACCGAAUAUAUGGCGAGGCCGAGGAAGAGUCGCAGGUGUUGCAAGCCUCAGCGGAGAGCAUGGGUGACGGCAGAAAGCCGGAAUGGGGAUACCAAGAUUGCGUAAUCCGAGCAUUGUUAAGAUGGUUUAAGCGAUCAUUCUUCACUUGGGUGAACAAUCCGCCGUGUCCCAUAUGUCUAUCGCCGACCGUCGCUAGUGGCAGGACGCCCCCGACAGCCGAAGAAAAGGCUUACGGCGCUCUACUAGUCGAACUCUACGCAUGCUCCAGCUCGUCGUGCGGCGCCUUCGAACGAUUCCCCCGGUACAGCGACGUCUGGCAACUCCUGCAAACGCGGCGCGGCAGAUGCGGCGAGUGGGCUAAUUGCUUCAGCAUGCUGUGUCGCGCCGUCGGCAGCCGCGUGCGCUGGGUAUGGAAUGCCGAGGACCACGUAUGGACCGAGGUCUACUCCGAACAUAAGCAGCGAUGGAUCCAUGUAGACGCCUGCGAGGAGGCGUGGGACAAUCCACGCCUCUACACCGAAGGCUGGGGCAAGCAGAUGUCAUACUGUGUUGCUUUCAGCAUCGACGGCGCAACCGAUGUCACCCGUCGAUACGUGCGUAAGAGCGAGCACGCGCGCGAGCGGAGCAGGUGCCCAGAGGAGGUUAUGCUCUACAUUAUGCAGGAGAUUAAGAACAUCCGCCGCGCUAACAUGAGUAAGGAGGCGCGAUUCCGGUUGGAGAAGGAAGACUCGAGAGAGGACCGAGAGCUACGAGGCUACGUCGUCGCUUCGAUCACCCAGGCCGUAACAAGGAUGGUGCCGGGCACGUCGAGCUCCGCAUCCGGCACCGCAGCUCGGACUACUACUACUUCUUCCGCCAGCGACGACCAGAAGCUCCCUGCUGAGCAGCCGAGCCGACAGAGCGGGAAUGCCGAAUGGGUUUCAGCCCGUGGGGAGAACGGCCAGCGGAAUAACCAAUAUCAAGACCCGAGGGAUCCUCGCCACCAGAGGUGA